AUGAAUCUGUAUCUCCAAGCACUGUCCGGUCUGGCGGUAGUGACAAUCAUCUAUUUGCUGCUCUCAACAUUCCUUGAGAAUCGGCAUCAUGCUCGGAGAGCAAUGGAAAUGGGGUGUCUACCACCACACCAAAGACAUCAAAAAUAUCCCUUUGGACUUGACCUUCUGAUGCCAAUAGUGAAAGCUGACCAAGAAAGAGUCUUGCCUGACUACUUCAUGGACCUCUACCUCCACGAACUAGGACAACGGAAUACCUGGCAACAAGACAUUCUAGGGCUUAAUUCUGUUUGGACGGUUGAUCCGAAGAAUAUCCAGACAAUACUUGCGACGAAAUUUCAAGACUAUGACCUAGGAAGUCUUCGUCGGAAAAAUUUCUUUCCAGUCCUAGGUAAUGGGAUCUUUACAGUGGACGGUAAAGCCUGGGAACAUUCUCGUAGUCUCUUACGCCCGCAAUUCGCUCGUCAACAGGUCGCAGAUCUGGACCUCGAAGAGGUUCAUGUCACGCAUCUUCUGAAGCACCUUACCACGCAACAUGGCUGGACCAACCAAGUAAAUCUGGUGCCACUCUUUUUCCGACUCACGCUCGACUCGGCAACUGAAUUCCUGUUUGGACAGAGUGUGAACUCACAAAGCGUUACGUUGACUGGCAGUUCUAAGGAGUCUGCUGCUAGAGCCACUGAGCUAGACUGGACCAACUUCGCCGCCUGUUUCGACGGGGCUACUUCAGCACUGGGAGUUCGGGGUCUCCUCGGGCCAUUCUAUUGGAUGUGGUCUCCACCGUCAUUCAGACGGAACUGUAAGGAAAUCCAUCGUUUCGCCGAUUAUUACGUCAACCUUGCCCUCAAAGAUUCAUCACCACUAACUAGGUCUGGCCAAGAGAAGAAUGAGCAGAAACGGAGAUAUGUGUUCCUCGAAGAACUCGUCGAGGCUACUCAAGAUCCAGUGGAAGUACGCAGCCAACUCCUCAACAUCCUGGUGGCUGGCCGGGACACAACGGCUGGCCUUCUUUCCUGGACGUUCUGGUUACUUGUGCGCCAUCCUGACAUAUUCAAAAAGUUGCGACAAAGUAUCAUCGACGACUUUGGCACCUUCCAGAACCCCAGGGCUAUUACAUUCGAGACUUUAAAAUCAUGCGGAUAUCUUCAGUAUACUCUAUCCGAAUCGCUCCGCUUGUUCCCUACAGUGCCAUUCAAUACCCGUAGAGCAGUCAGAGAUACUAUACUCCCACUCGGUGGUGGGCCUGAUGGGAAGUCCCCGGUGUACAUCAAAAAAGGGACAGAGGUCAAUUAUCUCGUCCAUAUCAUGCAUCACCGCGAAGACAUUUGGGGAUCUGAUGUCGAAGAGUUUAAUCCAGAUCGCUGGAGAUCUCGAAAGGGAGGCUGGGAGUUUCUGCCAUUUAAUGGAGGGCCGCGUAUUUGUUUAGGUCAGCAGUUUGCUCUGACAGAAGCGAGCUAUGUGAUCGUAAGAUUGAUGCAAAAGUUCGACAAGAUUGAAGUAUUUGAACCAGAUCCAGUGACACGGCAUAUGGUUGGAGUGACAUCAGCACCCGCAAGGCUAUAUGUACGUCUUCACGAGGCGGAGGUUUAA